AUGGCCCUCCUCUCCUCCUUGUGGUACGCUCUCCUCGGCAGCAUCUUCAUCCUUGGUGCCGCUGCUCAGGACUACGCGAUAACCGACUACACGGUCACUGGCACAGGCUGUGUCCCUGGAACGGUCACUGCUGAAGUCGCAGGUGACUCCAAAAACAUCGCCGUUAAAUACAACAAAUUCGUCGCAAAUGCUGGCCCGAACUUCGGCUACGACGACGGUCGCAAGAACUGCCAGCUUACACUGGCUGUGAAGGCACCCAGCGGCUAUCGUUUUGGCUUCGAUAAGUUUAGCUACACUGGUUCUUAUUCCGUCGGCCAAGGCGUAACUGCCACGUACUCUACAUCCUACUACUUCCAAGCCACCCUUGAUCAAGCUCAAGGUGGUAAAGCCUUCGUUGGCCCUGCUAGAGGCGAUGCUGUUCUUUCCGAUUCUUACGAUCAAAUUGUCUGGAGUGCUUGCGGAGCUUCUGCAGUCGUCGGCAUCAACACGGUUAUUCGUGUCGACAAUAGCGCAAACCCGGCAGCCACCGGUGCUUUGACCGUGCGCAACAAUCCUUCUACCAGCUUCGUUUGGCAAAAGUGCUAG